AUGGCUACGUCUCAUCCUGAGUUUAAUGAGAAGACUACCGCAACGGAAGUUGCGAGUGCCUUUGCAAAUGAAAUCCGAAACAAGAAUGUUAUUAUCACCGGAGUGGGUCCCAAUAGCCUUGGUGAGGCUCUUGCAUUGGCAAUUGGAAGCCAGAAUCCUGCCAAAUUAAUCCUGGCCUCGCGGACAGAAGCCAAGGUUCAACAGGUUGCCGAAAAGGUGAGACAAGCUUCAAGGGGAAUUUCUGUGGAAACAGUGGCUUUGAAUCUUGCCUCCCAGAAAUCCAUUCAUGCAGCGACGUCAAAGAUUCAGGCUCUAGUUGACCGGGUUGAUACACUCAUCAACAAUGCCGGAAUGAUGGUCUUGGAUAAAGAGAGCACAGAAGAGGGAAUUGAGAUACAAUUUGGAACAAAUCAUAUUGGACAUUUCCUUUUCACCAACCUGUUGAUGCAGCAGAUGAAGGCUGCAUCUAAAGAUUCUGACAAAGGGUCGACUCGAAUCGUCAAUGUCACCAGCGCUGGCCAUCGGUUAUCACCCAUCCGGUUCCACGACUAUAAUUUUGAAGGAAAAGAAGUGCCUAUUGACGAGAGACCCCCAGAAGGACUACCCCCAAUGUUCAGUCCUACGGCCGGCGGAUAUAAUGGCUGGUUAGCAUAUGGGCAGUCUAAAUGUGCAAACAUUUUGUUCACAGUAUACCUGUCUCAGCACCUGACAUCUGCUGGAAUUGUUUCAUAUAGUGUACACCCUGGAUCGAUCUGGACUGGGCUAAGUCGGGGUCUUGAUGAUGCCGGCAAUGAGACGAUGUCGAAAACCAGUAACUUUUGGAAAUCAGCAGAUCAAGGUGCAGCAACAAUGCUUGUUGCUGCCUUUGAUCCUGCAUUGAACGUUGUGACUGAGCCUUCGGCUGUUUAUCUCAGUGACUGCCAGUUUUCCAAGACUGCACCCCAUGCAGUGAAUCUUGAAUCUGCUGAAAGGCUAUUUCAUUUGAGUGAGGAUCUGGUUGGCAUGAAGUUUUCUUUAUGA